AUGGCUCAGAAGAGCCCUGUGGACCCCAGCAUUGAACUUCCCUACAGAGACCUGGCCUCCGAGGUGACCAGGCGCAGAGUCACCAUGGACAGGAGAGAAGACGUGGUUACCAAGAAAGGCUAUGAAGCUGGGGAGUCGCUCUCCCAUGUGGGCACAGAACAAACGCCUCCUCCCAGAAAGACCUACCUCACAGUACCCCCUGCCCCGCCUCCUUCUCCAGCCGAGGAUCCCAUCUCCCAACCAAAACCUCUGUUGAGCUCUGCUUUCCACAGCUAA